AUGUCUACCUACGCCGUCCUCGGCAGCACGGGUAAUUGCGGUUCUGCUCUCAUCCGAAAUCUUCUAGAGCACCACCCUCAGAGCCAAAUCAAUGCCUACUGUCGUAGUGAAGCCAAGCUGCAGAGAAUCGUGCCCGAAGUCAUCGACCACAAGCAGGUCAAAGUGUUCGAAGGGAGCAUCAACGAUAACACGCUGAUGGACAACUGCCUACGCGGAACGAAAGCCGUGUUCCUAGCAGUGACGAGUAACGACAACAUCCCUGGCGUCCGACUCAACACGGAUACUGCCUUGGUCGUACUUCGCACUCUGUACCGAUUACGAGACGAGGCGAGCCCGGCUCCGUAUACCCCGCCUAAGCUAGUAUUGCUCAGCGCGUGCUGUUUCGACGAGCAUCUCGGGCGCACGCAGCCGAUAUGGUUCCGGCCCAUCAUGCUGCGGGCCGCGUGCAACGUUUACUUGGAUCUGCAACGCGCGGAGGACGUCAUGCGUUCCCAUGACCAUUGGAUCAAGUCUAUCUACAUCAAGCCCGCCGGCCUAUCCCCGGAUAUCGCCCGCGGACACCGGCUUACAUUUGACGACCAAGAAAGCUUCCUGAGCUACAUGGAUCUUGCUGGCGGGAUGAUCGAGGCGGCCGACGAUGAUGAGGGGCGGUACGACGGGAGAAGUGUAGGUGUGGUGAAUAAGAUAUCUGGCAAGGGGGCUAAAGUGCCGCUUGAUACUCUAUUUUUAAUUUCAAUGGGCUUCGUUAGGUACCUUUUCCCUUUCCUCCACCCUUACUUGCCUGAAAGCACACUUGGGAGAUAG